AUGUCUGCACAAACACAACAAAACUUGGAAAAGGACGCCAACAAGGCCAAGAACGAGGCUCAACACAACUUGAAAGACGCCUACGAAAAGGGUGUCGCAGAAGCCAAAGAUUUGGAAGGCAGAGCAGCUGAUGCAGCAAAGCGUGGUGAAAAGAAAGCUCACAAAGCAUACGAUGAUACCAGCAAACAAGUUUCUCAAUACUGGUCAACUUUCUCAAGCGAUCCAAAGUAUUGGUUGCCCACUUUAGGUUUCAUCAAUGUGGCUUUGGUCGCAGGUGUCGGUAUCUUUGCAUACAACAACCAAAACGAAGUCAAAUCAUGGGACAGACGUUUGGUCAGCGCUGUUUCCGUCGGUGUUUUGUCUUUGUUCGGCGGUGAAGCAUACUUGGCCACCCAAAAGGCACGCGAACAAACCGGCAGAAAGUAG